GCGAACGCCAAUAAAAAGCUCUCCUGGCAUAACUGAUGGUCGAAAGGACCAAUCCCGCUCUUCCGGGGCGGGCGCGCAAGAGGCGGGGCCGGGAGGCCGCGCUGUUGUGGCUCCUCCAAUUCAAGGACUCGAUGAGAGUGCUUUACGUGAGGAGCAGAAACUGAGGGCUGUUUAAAUGCAUUAGUUAGUGAGGCUUUGUCAGGGACCGUCCAAUCGGAAAGCAGACGGGCGUUUGUCUUCUGGGCAUUUGAAAAGCAGUAGCCAAUGAGGCCGACUUUGAGAGAUGUGAGUGAUGACUUCGUCAACCAAUGAGAAUUGCUGCCUCGCCUUAGGCAACCCGUCCUAACUCCGCCUCCAUCCAUUUUUGUGCAUGCAGCACAAUAACUCGUCCUAUUUUGUUUCGUAAAACCGAGAGGCUGAGUAACACUCAGGCCUACUGCUGACGGGCCGACACUGAACAAAAGUCCCUGCCACCUAGGCACCGCCCUGGGGCAAGUUAGUCCUCAGCCCAUUGGCCGGCCCUCAUGAUUGACGUCCUCCGGACCAAUGGCUUUCUGGCCUGGAGGGCGCGUUUCCCAUAACUGGCCUAUGAGAGUCUGUUUCGGCCCAGCCAAUGGGGUCGGGACAGGGGGCGUGGCGGGAAGUUUGAAACUCCUGACUUCAGGAGUUGUUUCUCGAGCUGGCCGUGUCCGCCCGGAGGUCGAGCUGGGGCCCGCCGGGCCCUGUCCCCACCUCUAGUGGAGAUGGGUUCUACUCAGAGCGUCUCAGGCACUCCAGCGCGGCCUCUGCCACACAACAAGCAUCUGGCUCGAGUGGCAGACCCUCGUUCACCCAGUGCUGGCAUCCAGCGCACUCCUAUUCAGGUGGAGAGCUCUCCACAGCCACGCCUGCCAACAGAACAGCUGAGUUGUCCUAAACAAGCUGAAGACCCAGAUCCCCGCUCCCCUACUCUUGGCAUCGCACGGACACCCAUGAAGAUCAGUGGUGCCGACCCUCCGAGUCCGCUGGUGAAAGAGCUGAGUGAAGAGUUUGAGACGGAAGCUUCCAAAUCCAUUUCCCCCACAGAGCUUGCUCUGCCCCAGCAAACACCUUUAUCUUCCGAACUGGACCUGCCUUUGGAUACUCAGUUAUCCCUUGAGGACCAGUUGCUGCCAGGGAGCCAGACUGAACUCCCCUCCAAACAGGUGUUUGCCAAGGAGGAAGCUAAACAAUCCACAGAACCCAUAAUUGCCAGCCAGAACUCAGACAAGCCCUCAAGAGAUCCCGAGACUCCCCAGUCUGCAGGUUCUAAGCGUAGUAGACGGAAAGCAAACAGCAAGGUGCUAGGCAGAUCUCCUCUCACCGUCCUGCAGGACGACAACUCCCCUGGGGCCUUGCUGUUGCGGCAGGGUAAGAGACCUUCUCCUCUUAGUGAAAAUGUUAAAGAUCUGAAGGAAGGAGUCAUUCUUGGAGCUGGAAGACUUGUGAAAACCGGAGGAGGAGGAGCAUGGGAACAAAGCCAGGACCAUGACAAGGAGAAUCUGCAUUUUGCUUUGAUGGAGAGCUAGGUCCAUUCUGGAUUUGCCCAGAGUUCGGUGAUAGUCUGUGCUCUUCACCUCUUCCCCAAAAGGUACUGAGGAAAGUCUUGUUUUCUGGUUCCUCACAGGCUACCAGCUUGGGGAUUUGGACAUUGUUUUGUUUUGUGUAUUUUCUUGUAUAUUAAAGGAGAUGGUUUUAAAUGA